UUUCAUUCUCCGUCUUUUAAAAGACCUUCCAAUUCCCUCUCUUCUCUCUGAUGUUUCAACUGUCUGUCCGUGUUCAACUCCCACAAAAACACAAAGGAAAAGAAUAGACCCGUAGAACGCCAAUAUAGAGAGAGAAAGGGCAGAAAGAAAGAAUUGACCAGUAAAUUUUCAAUCUUUAUACACCCAUUGGGUUUGAUUUUCCACAACGAUUUCAAAUUUCUCGACUGCGUAUUUGGCUAUAUUUAUUUUCUUAUUCCUCCCGGAAUUAAGAUCUUGCUCGACUUGAGUUUAAAUAUAUUUUUAAUUCCCAGAAGAGGGCGAUCGAUUUAAAUUUUUUGUUUUUUGUACGGUCGGAUUCAAGUUCAGGCUGUUGGAAUUGAUUUCACUUGUGCUGUGAGGAUGAAAAGGGGUUUAAGAUUAGUGAUGCCGACCCUUAGAGUAGGUUUGUGAUGUAAUAUGCAAGUUGUGGUAAAAUUUGCGAAGAUAUACUCAGAUAUGUCGUUCUACAUCGGUCGCGAGGCUUCAAAGCUAUGGAAGAGAGUUUGUGCAGAAACUACAACAGAGAUCAACCUUCUUAUUGAGAGCUGGAAGUAUAUUCUUGGUGGUCUGAUUUGUCAGUACAUCCAUGGAAUUGCUGCUCGAGGAGUUCAUUACUUGCAUCGGCCAGGACCAACGCUUCAAGAUGCUGGAUUUUCCCUUCUCCCCGAACUUGGUCAGGACAGAGCUUACAUAAGCGAGACAGUUUUCACCUUCAUCUUUGUGUCUUUUUUCUUGUGGACAUUCCAUCCUUUCAUUUUCAAGAACAAAAAGAUUUACACUGUUCUGAUAUGGUGCAGGGUUCUUGCUUUCUUAGUUGCUUGUCAAUUCCUUAGGAUCAUUACUUUUUAUUCUACACAGCUUCCUGGACCAAAUUAUCAUUGUCGUGAGGGAUCAAAGCUUGCCAGGCUGCCUCGUCCUGAUAAUAUAUUUGAAGUUCUAUUAAUAGUUCCUCGGGGAGUGCUUUAUGGCUGUGGAGAUCUAAUAUUUUCAUCUCAUAUGAUAUUCUCCCUCGUCUUUGUGCGGACUUAUACUAAAUAUGGCUCACAAAGGUUUAUAAAGCAAUGUGCAUGGUUAGCUGUCAUCAUUCAAAGUUUCUUGAUUGUUGCAUCUCGCAAACAUUAUACCGUUGAUGUUGUUGUGGCAUGGUACACUGUCAAUUUGGUAGUGUUCUUUAUUGAGAAAACCCUUCCUGAAUUGCCUGAUCGAUCUGGAGCGUCGUUCUUGAUUCCUUUGUUCAAGGAUAAUAUUACUAAAGAUGAGAACGAGAAACUUUUGAAUGGAAGUUCUGGCGAUACCACAACAGAGAAGAGGCUAAGAACCCAAAUCAAUGGGAAGAUUGUCGAGAACGGGCACACAGUGCAUGUGGAAGCAGUGAUGAAUGGAUGAUAUGUAAGCUCAUGACAACGAAGCAGAUAUGGUUCUUUUAUGCCAACUUUUAGAUUCUCCCUGCUUGUGAACAGAUUCUAUCUGUUUGAUGAACGACUGGGCCAUUGUUCCAGCUCUCUGAUUAAUUUUUGGUAGUAGUUUAGGAUCUUUUUGCUGUCCCAUGGUUGAUUAAUUUAAAUGUAAACGCACACAAUUAUCUGAAAAAAAUGAAACGAUUUCUUUCAUUUGUUAAUGGAACUAUUAUUCAGUUCGUUUUGUACUUGUGUUCCUGCAGUUUUGUACAUCUGUUCAUAACUGACCUGUAAAGAACCAAUCUCAUUGAUCAUUUAAAAAGUGAAUGUUUGUAAUCAUUAAUGCUUAAACAUAGUCCUAAGAGCUAUAAUGC